GCGGUGGAAGAAAGGAUUAGAAUAUAUAUAUAUAUAUAAAAAAUAGGGAAGUGGGAUUUGUGUGUGUUUGUGUGUGAGAGGGAGAGAGAGCGUAGGUGCUGUCAAAACUCACUUCCCGAAGUUAUAGCAACAUAAAACACGGCUCUAAACUGCAGUCCGCACAUGCAUUUCCCCCACUGCCAAAGUCGUAAAUGAUAUACCCUUUGCCCCGCGAUCCGAUGCAAUCCUGCACACACACUAAAACUUCACUUCACUUUGGCAUUGCAAGACUGGCAGUCCAAAUCGCUUGCGAAACACGCUCCCGACGGACGGACACGAACGACUCUUUUCCUCUCCGCUCCAGCAUCAUCAUCAUCUCCAUCACCACAGCCUCUGUGGUGUGUAGAUACUUAUAGAGAGAGAGAGAGAGUCAGUUAGAUAAUAGAGUGAGAUAUAGAGAAUUACGUAGAUCGAGCUCUUCUGGUGGACCGAAGAGCUGCAGCCUGAGCAGUAGUAGCACUUGGUGCAUCGUCACGUUGGGCCCACGGGGGCUGUUCUGUUGCCGCGAUUUUCCGCCCGUUUUCCGGUCACGAAGAGCAAACUGCCAGUGGUGUGAGUGGUGUUGUAUAUGCAUAACAUAUAUGUGAAUUUCGGGUGAAAAGCAAAUCCAGGAGAAGAGCAUCAGGACCUGUUGCGCGCCGCAGAGACCCUCUCCUCCGACACGUACAUUCUCCCUCUCGCACGCUCUUUUUCUCUAUCGCCCUGUCCUCCUCGCUCUGCUUGUUCGGUAUCGCUGAAUAGAGUACGAAAACAAAACCAGCAGGAACAGUAGUGAUACGCUGCACGUGGCACGCGAGGAGCACAUCUUUCCGAUAGAUACGAUGUCGGAUACCCAGGAGUACGAGACGAAGAUGGACGUGAACGCGUCUAGCACCUCGGCGACGCCGCGGACGCCACCGAAUUGCGCCCGCUGCCGAAAUCAUCGUAUGAAGAUCGCCCUGAAGGGCCACAAGAGGUACUGCAAGUACCGCUCCUGCAAGUGCGAGAAGUGCCGGCUCACCUCCGAGAGGCAACGAGUGAUGGCCAUGCAGACGGCACUCCGUAGGGCUCAAGCCCAGGACGAGGCGAUGUUCAAGACCACCGGGCCCAUUUCAGCUCUGAAGAGUCCUUCGCCCAUCCAUAACGUAGAGCGAAGUCUGGACUGUGACUCCUCAGCGUCAUCCCAAUGUUCGACGACAGCCGGCGUCGUCAAGAAAAUCAACCAAAUCGAUGCCAUUCCUUCUACAACAACAGUUUCCGUCGGAACAGUCGGUAAGUCUACUAUACCAAUCUCAAUCGGAGCUAAAACAAAUUCAUUCCCAUUCCAAAAAUCUUACAAAUCAAAUUUUACCCUAAGAAUCAAACAAAAUCAUUAA